AUGGGGUCCUCCGCCGUCCCCUCCCUCGUUGCCGACUCCAUCGCCGGCACUGCGUCCACCUCCAUGUCCCCCUCGCCCAGCACGCCCGGAAAUGACUCACGACCAGUCGCGUCUGGAUCAGCAGAGGAUGAGGUCGAGGUUGUCGAGCCCCAGGAGGUUGAUCCAGAGGCUGCCGCCCGAGCUGCACGCCUGAGCUUCCUGCUUGAGAAGUCCGGAGUCUACGCCAAGAUCAUUGGCGACCGGAUGGAGCGACAGCAGAUUGAGAAGGCGAAUGCGAACGCGCGUGCAGCGGUUCGCAAGGCGAACAAGGAGAAGCGGAGUGCCGAGGGCACGCAUGCUGGGCGAGAGGGUAUGCGUGACCGUGCUGCUGAGGCCGCGGAGCCGGUGAAGAAGCGGCGGAGGGCUGAGGACACCCGCAGGCGAGGGAAGGCCGCUGAGCCCGACAUCAAGGAGGCCCUCCAGGCCGCUGAGGUGAAGCACGAGGAAGAGGAUGAGGCGGAGAAGCAGUACUCCUUUGUACAGCCCGAGCUCGUUACUGGAGCCAAGCUGAGGGAUUACCAGCUCGCGGGCGUGCAGUGGAUGAUCUCGCUGUACGAAAACGGGUUGAAUGGCAUUCUCGCCGACGAGAUGGGACUUGGAAAGACCAUCUCGUUCCUCGCCCAUCUCCGUUCGAAGGGUACGUGGGGACCAUUCCUCAUCGUGUGCCCCCUCUCCGUGCUCCACAACUGGAAAUCGGAGUUCGAGAAGUUCGCCCCCUCCAUCCCCGUUGUCAUGUACCACGGUACCCCGGAGCACCGCUCUGAACUCCGCGGGACUCGCAUGCAGGCUCCCAAGGCUUCGGGCGCCGUCCGCAAAGGCAAGCGGGGCGCUAACGGCGCUCUGGCUGGAAAUACUACGUCAACCUUCCCGAUCAUCCUCACGACGUACGAGAUCUGUAUGCGCGAUCAGAAGUACCUCUCCGGCUACAUGUGGAAGCUCAAGACGUACACCAGCGCGAACCGCAUGAUCUUGACCGGAACGCCCCUCCACAACAACCUCGCCGAGCUCUGGUCGCUGCUCAACUUCAUUCUGCCGGAUAUCUUCGACGACCUCGAAUCCUUCCAGCAGUGGUUCAACUUUGACGAUGUGCACUCGUCGGCUGGCGACGGACUGCUGAACAAGGGCGCGAUCGUCCAGCAGCUGCACGAGAUUCUGAAGCCGUUCCUGCUGCGCCGUCUGAAGACCGAGGUCGAGAAGGAGCUCCCGCCGAAGAAGGAAUACCUGCUUUACGCUCCUCUGACACAGGUGCAGAAGGACAUCUACCAGGCCAUCGUCAACGGAGAUCUCAGGGAGUACCUGGUCCGAAAGAUGAUGGGAGGUGACGAAGAAGCUGUGGCUCAGGAGCCGGAGAUCGAGUUCAUUGAGGAGAAGGCGGACCAACCGAACGGUGUGCGCUCCAGGCGGUCGUUGGGGAACGUGGGCUCGAAGAUGUCGAUGGUUGACCAGGGUCGUGCAUGGCGUCUCAACCAAGCGAUGAAACAGGUGAACAACAUGCACCUUCAGAACAUGAUCAUGCAGCUGCGCAAGGUCGCGUCGCACCCGUUCCUGUUUGACUGGCCAUACAACCCCGACACCAACGAGUUGAUCGUGGACCAUGAGCUCGUGAACCAGAGCGGCAAGAUGCUACUGCUGAACCGUCUCCUCGACGCCCUCUUCGCCAAGGGUCACAAGGUGCUUCUGUUCUCGCAGUUCACAACAAUGCUUGACGUCGUCGAGGACUGGGCGACGCUCUUCAAGGGCUUCAAAGUGUGCCGCAUCGACGGCAGCACGAAGCAGGAGGACCGCCGGCUGCAGAUGGACGAGUUCAAUAACAGUACUGGGCCCGAUGCGCCCAACCUCUUCCUCCUCAGCACCCGCGCCGGAGGUCUCGGCAUCAAUCUCGUUGCUGCGGACACUGUCAUUUUCUUCGACCAGGACUGGAACCCGCAAAUGGACCUGCAGGCGCAGGACCGCGCGCACCGUAUCGGGCAGAAGAAGCCCGUCCUCGUCUUCCGCCUCGUGUCGGAGCACACGAUUGAGACCAAGAUCCUCCAGAAAGCGACUAACAAGCGCAAGCUGGAAGCGCUCGUGAUCCAGGAGGGCAAAUUCGGCAAGGUCGUCGACGACAAUGGACGUGUUCUUCUCGGCCGGCAGAAGGAGAAGUCCACCAUCGACAUGGCCCGCGCUCUCCUCGAUCUGGAGGGUGAGCAGAUCAACGUCGCCUCGGCGGACGACAUGAUUAUCUCGGAUGCCGACCUCGAGGUCCUGCUUGACCGCUCGCCGGAGGCGUUCGCACGCAAGAAGGGAUGGGCGGCGGGUCUCGCCAAGAAGGGCACGAAGGCGCGCGAGGCGAAGCUCGCCAAGGGAGAGAGGACGGCGUUCGAGGUCUUCGUCCCCGCCAAGGACGAGGCGGCCGACGGACUCGCGCAUAUGUUUGCCGGAGACGGGGAGAAAGACGACGACGAGUAG